AUGCCCAGUCAGAGCGUAUGGGCAUGCCCUUGUUUAAAUGUGCGCUUGCACGGUAUUGCUUUGAAUGAAAAGGCAGAGACAUCGCCUACUAAGGUCUUACUAGAUCAGAAAAAUGGCUUGAGGCUUUCUAUCCCACCACUUGUAUCUCGUGAAUCUGUCUCAUUGAGAGGCGUGACACUAAGUCACACUGAAUCUGAUGUUGCUAUUAGGUGUAACUUGUGUCAUGAGCUCGUAUACACUAUGCAAGAGUCGAGUACGCCUCCCGCUUUCAAAAAGGAAGAAGGAGCGAAAGUCGAAAGGAUGCAGAAAAACUUCAUUCCCAAGAAUCAUCAAGUUUUUUUGACGAGAGAAUGCAUUUCUGGGAAUCUUAUCGACGAAAGAAAACAGGAUUCUUCAUACUCUCGUGUAUUUCAUGUGGUUCUACCUCGCUCAGAUGAUUGCCGUCAGUCUCAACCUAUUACUUUUCCUUACAUUAAAGAUUCCAAAGAUGUCGUAUCAUUUUUCACUCCUAUACCACGCACCUCUUUUGACAACACAGAGCUAUUGACUACUUCGAACGCCUCAACAGAAUCCGUUGACGAACACGCCUGGCAACUUCUGGAGCACGCCAGAUUAAAAAUUGCGGCAGACAUGGCUUUCAUUUUGCGCAAAAAGCAGGAAGAAUGGUUUGAAACCGUUCAGAGAACGCGGAUGGACUUGCACAUUCUAGCUAAGAGCAUUUAUGCAAACAAGACAAACAAGACUGAAUCGACGGCAUCAUUCUCCGAAAAGAAAGCAGACAGCGGUUUGUUUUCAAAGCGAUUUGUUGGGGAAGUAAAUGAUGCGCAUUCUUCAAAAAGUGAGUUAGGAGCGUCACUCGCGCGAUUUGAUAGUGCAACGCUGUCGGCCCCGCUAAGAAAACCCUUGACGUUCGAAGAGCUGGAGCCAGUAACUUCGGCGACACGUGAAUCUCAACUUCCACGAUCGCCUCCGCCUGACUUGUGCAAACAGGCGCUUGAAAAAGAAAAUGUGCCAGAGGAAGAGGAUUUCAAGUUCACAAAUGAAGAUCAAAUUUUUCAAACGGACGAAGACAUAAAGACUGGUAACCCUAACCCUGUCACGAAUCGCAGAAACUCUGGAUCAAAAUUGUCCGUCAUGAAUGAACAUCAAAACCGCACUGAAAAAGUCUCUGAGCUUUUGAGUAGUGGUAUUGCUACUUCGUUUUCCGCCAUGACUCUUGCUGAACGGAAACCUAAUAAUAUCGCAUUACCACUUGACAACUCGCCUACAGGGAAGAGUGUUUAUGAUGUCCAAAGAUAUGAAACAGUUGGACCACAACAAUUUGGGCGUAGUAAUAGGCCUAAUUUUAUGCGGCAAUCACAUGAACACGACGAAGAACUUGUUUUGGCUGGUGCUGCCCUUGCUAACGCACCGUCACAUCGAGACAAACAUUUUGCAUUAAUGUUCAAGAACACGCACAAGCACGCACCUUUGAAGGACACCAAGACUUUAGCAUUGUCACUACCUAGCUUAGCUAUGAUUCCUGUUCACAAUAAUAAGGAUAAGGAAAUCAUGGAAAGCAUCGACCAUGAGCCAAAGACAAGCUUGCCAUGCAACGAAAAUCGCAUGGUGCCAUCGUUGCUGCAGGCUCUGCGCGAAAAAAACUCGCCAUCCUCAUCUUCAGCGAAACGUACUGUGGGUUUUAAUGUGACAUCGUCUCGGUCAUCAGCUCAAACAAAAAAGCCAAGCAGAGCAUCAAAUAUGGCUAUCACAGAGGAUCUGCCGCCGGUUCCGCUAGCACCUAGUCGGAGUUUACAAUUCGAGCCAUUGGAAGAAGCGGCUCCGCACGCUCUUUCGACUAUACUAGAUUCACCAACCCCCGAUGAUGCUGAGCUAACUAAAGUCUUGUAUUUUAUGCACCACCUGCAGAAUCUGAAGAUCUGUAAGCGGACAGGCUGGUAUCAUCAUAGGGUACCUGAGCCUGAAUCGAUUUCUGACCACAUGUAUCGCAUGGCAAUAAUGGCGAUUUUGCUGAAGGAAGACAAAGUCGAUGUAAAAAAGUGUGUUAUGAUGGCACUUAUACAUGAUUUGGCCGAAGCACGCGUUGGUGAUUUGACACCACAUUGUAAAGUUGACAAGGAUGAGAAGACACGUCGUGAACUUGAUGCGAUUCAAUUUCUCACUUAUGAUCUCCUUGGUGAUACAGAUGCAUCGAACACAAUAUUCCAGCUGUGGUUUGAAUAUGAAGAGCGUCAGUCACUCGAGUCUAAGCUUGUGAAGGACUUAGACUGUUUUGAACUGUGUCUACAGGCUUAUGAGUAUGAGAAGACACACAAUAUUGAAGAUCUCCAGCAAUUUUGGAAUGGAGCUGCACCGAAAAUUCAGCACCCGCAAAUUAAAAGAUGGCUUACAGCACUGCUUCAAAAGCGCCGCACACUUUGGAAGGGCCGAGGUAUCGAUUACGAUAAAGCUUAUGUCGCGGCGAAUGCAUAG